ACCACUACAACUACUGUAAUUCCAACUACAACCGAAGAAACAACUAUAAUCACGACAACAUCGCCUGAAACAACUACACCAACAACUACUACUACAACACCUAUAGAAACAGAAACUACAACGGAAAGUCCAACUCCAGCAACCACUACGACUGAGGUUAUUCCUACUACAACUGAAGAAACAACUGUAACCACGACAACAUCGCCGGAAACAACAACUACUGCAACAACUAUUACUACAACACCUAUACCAGAAACUACAACG